AUGAAGAGUGUGCUUGAAGAUACGAAGGAUGACCAGCUUAAAGGAACCAUGAAUCCUUGUACUUCAGUUCGCAGGUCUUUGUCCGAAUUAACGUCAAAAAAAGAUGUCGCUCUGAUAUUCAACAACCUUCUUCGCCGACAAAUUGGCACGCGAUCUCCGACCGUGGAAUACCUAUGUACGAGGCCGGACAUACUGAUCACGCUUAUUAAAGGGUACGAAAUUCAGGAAAUCGCCCUAAAUUGUGGCAGUAUGCUGCGAGAAAGCAUUCGGCACGAACCCUUAGCCAGAAUCAUGUUGAAUUCGGAUGAGGUGUACCGAUUUUUCUCCUACGUCGAAAUGUCGACUUUCGAUGUUGCAUCUGACGCGUUCAGCACUUUUAAAGUAAGCACCGUCGUUUCGUAUUUUUGUUUGUAUUGCUGA